AUGCUGUUUCACGACAGUACAACUACCUGGUUACUAACUAAAUAGUGUAGUGAUGCGCCACAGUCGAGCUCUCAUCCCUACAUCACCAAGUAUCUAUAUGCACGACCGCACAGGACCUUGUAUCCCACGCCUCGACCAGGCGAAUCUGCAGCAAAACCGGGAAGAAGCUUGAAGAGUAGAACAUCUUUCCUCCACGAAACCGGAUUAUUGACUCGACGCGUGGGAGGACGCCGGUGGUGGCUAUGGUUGUAGUUGUAUUGUGGUUGUAGAGAUCGACCAAUCAUGGUGGCCGGCGAUCGAGAUCGGGAGAAUAACAGCCUAUCUCUUCGAGAGUAUAGUACUUUGUAUUACUUCAAAAGUACUUACUUACUAAUAAGUCGGAUAGAUCGAAAAGGCGUUGUUGGUAUUCCGGCUCUCGGCUGUUACCGUGGUUGGAAGGACGGGAAAGUGUAUGUUUCCUUCCGUUUUGGGAGUUUAGUAUCAGUAUUUCAGUUCAUUGGCCUUUUUUUUCUUGUUCGGUGGUAUUGGCUUGUAUGAAAAAGAGAUGCUAUAGAUAGACACAAAUAAGAGAGUGUGGGCAUUCUUUUCGUUGGGGAGCUGUUUUCUUAUUAAGUAUUGGAAGAGAGGAAUCGCUGGGUUGAAGAACGGGGAGAGGCAAUGUCUUCGUGGUCUGAAGUCGAGUGUUGUUUAUUCAUUGGUUAUUUACUAUUUGUAACUAAGAUUGUCUUUGCAUUCUUUGCAUUAUGUCACACAGGUCAGCUCGUAGAGUAGAUUGGAUUUUGCAUGA